AUGGCGGUUGUGGAUUUGUUUGUUGUAGCACUGAUUCCGGUUCUCAAAACGCUUCUCAUCACCGCCCUUGGUUUACUCCUCGCCGUAGAUCGUGUUAAUAUCAUGGGCGACGCCGCUCGCCACCAUCUCAACAACGUCGUCUUUUAUGUCUUCAUUCCAGCGCUUGUGGGUGGUAGCCUCGCUGACACAGUCACAGCCACCAGCAUAGUUUCUCUAUGGUUCAUGCCAGUCAACAUCCUUCUCACUUUUAUAAUUGGAUCAGCACUUGGAUGGAUGCUCGUUAAAAUCACCAGAACCCCACAACACUUGCAUGGUCUAGUCAUUGGUUCAUCUGCUGCUGGAAACCUCGGGAACUUGCUUCUGAUCAUCAUUCCUGCAGUAUGCGAAGAGAGUAACAGUCCGUUUGGGGAUAAACUUACUUGCUCGACUAAUGGCCAAGCUUUAGUUUCGCUUUCUAUGGCGAUUGGUGCGAUUUAUAUUUGGACAUAUGUGUACAACAUCAUCCGGGCCUAUGGGAAUGUGAGUGGCAAAGACCUUUCGAAGGCGUCGACUAUUAGCAUUGAUUGUUCGGGUAAAACUUUGGAUAUGUUCAACGAAAAUUACACGGAAUCAUUGCUACAAACUUCUCGUGCGAGUUUUGAGGGUUGUGAAGUUCAGGACGACGAAUAUUCAGAUGUGGAGGAACAGAACAGCGAAUUCGAAGAUGAUGAAGUGGAAAAGGAGACUGGGUUAACAAAGAUUAAGCAACAUUUCCAUAUGGUUUUGGACAAAAUCAACCUCAAGAUGUGGUUAACACCAUCCACCAUUGCCACGAUCGUUGGGCUUCUGAUAGGAGUGAUAUCUCCGAUUAGAAAGCUAAUGAUCGGUGAUAAUGCCCCCCUUCGUGUUAUCGACAGUUCUGCGUCUCUUCUCGGUCAGGCAACAGUUCCAGCCAUGACAUUGAUUGUGGGAGCUAAUCUCUUUAAGGGUCUGAAGAAAUCUGGCGUAGGGUUGUGGCUCGUUAUAGGAAUUCUAGUUGUUCGUUACGUCGCUUUGCCACUCGUGGGCAUCGGGAUAGUGAAAGCCGCACAUCGUGUUGGAUUCGUGGGCUCGGAUUCGCUAUAUCAGUUCGUUCUUCUGAUUCAAUACUCGCUUCCACCAGCCAUGGCUAUUGGUACCAUAACGCAAUUAUUUGAAGUGGGAGAAAGCGAGUGUGCGGUUAUCAUGCUAUGGACUUAUGUUGUGGCAGCGAUCGCGCUCACUUUCUGGUCGACCCUUUUCAUGUGGAUCGUCUCUUGAUAUAUAUUUAUAUACUUUUUUAUUCGUUAAAGAAAAUAUAUAAACCAACACGGUGUCGUUGUUAUUAUUUUUCUGUUGGCAAAAGUUUGUAUUGUGUGUAUAACGAUAAGCUCUACGAUUGUAACAUUGUGGCAUGACUAUACGAUGUUAACCACGAUUGUAACAUUAUGGCAUGACUAUACGAUGUUGGCCACUAUAUGUAUGGGACGGACCCUAGAAUUUUUGAAUACCGUGACACCAUAUAAAA